CUCUGUCUCUCUCCCUUCUCCUCUUUUCUCGCUUUGUGCUUUCCAACGGCUCCAACAACUCGAACUAGAAAAAGCAUUCCGAUACCUUUCCCUUCUCCAUUGACAAACCUCGACAGAAUCUCUCCCCGCGAAUCCAUGACGGAGUCCUCCGCCGACCACCGCCGGAGCCAUUCCGGCAGCUCCAGCGACGGGUCCGUCUAUUUCGAAGCCGAAGCCCCUCCCGAUCCUAAUGACGAAAAUGCCACCACUUCCUCAGGGCAUUUGGAGAUAGACGUGCAAACAGAGAAAAAUUCUGGGAAGUCACCAUCCACCGUCCGUACGUCGUCCGGUUCGAGCUCCGGUUCGAGUCAACUCUCUGCGAGCGCGCGAUUGACUCAGAACCAGGCGUUGGCUGUGAUUCUCGCCAAGCUCUUCGAUCAAAGAACUCCUUUUAGAAAAAAGCGUAAAUACAUAAAACGGCUGGCAAAAGUGAAAGAUGACGGGACCGUGCAAUUUGACGUUCUGGGAGAUAUUAAACCGCAGUAUCUGGAUUUCGGAACUGGAGCUGCUCACAGUGAAGCAGCUUCUGGUGGAGAAGCUGGCAGCGAGACGGAAACUGAAGUUCAAGAUAUACCUCCUCUGCAAAUUGUAAUGCUUAUCGUCGGCACACGAGGAGAUGUGCAGCCGUUUGUUGCCAUUGGAAAACGAUUGCAGGAAUAUGGCCAUAGGGUUAGGCUAGCAACUCAUGCAAAUUUCAAAGAUUUUGUCCUUACUGCUGGGUUGGAGUUCUAUCCUUUAGGUGGAGAUCCAAAGGUUCUUGCUGGUUAUAUGGUCAAGAAUAAAGGUUUCUUGCCAUCAGGACCUUCGGAAAUAUCAAUUCAGCGACAUCAGUUGAGGGAAAUAAUUUUUUCUUUACUUCCUGCAUGCAACGAACCUGAUCCUGAUUCCAAAAUUCCAUUUAAAGCAGAAGCAAUAAUUGCCAACCCACCAGCCUAUGGGCACUCUCAUGUCGCCGAGGCACUAAAAGUACCACUUCAUAUAUUUUUCACCAUGCCAUGGACGCCUACGAGUGAAUUCCCCCAUCCUCUAUCUCGUGUCAAGCAACCAAUUGGAUAUAGAGUAUCAUAUCAAUUAGUCGAUGCAUUUAUUUGGCUAGGAAUUCGAGACAUGACUAAUGAGUUUCGGAAGAAAAUGCUGAAGCUCAGACCUAUCACAUAUUUAAGUGGAUACUAUAGUUCUCCUCCUGACGUGCCCUAUGGGUAUAUAUGGAGUCCUCAUCUUGUUCCCAAACCUCAAGAUUGGGGACCAAAGGUUGACGUUGUUGGGUUUUGUUUUCUUGACCUUGCUUCAAAUUAUGAACCCCCAGAGCCACUUGCUAAGUGGCUUGAAGCUGGUGACGCGCCUGUAUAUAUUGGAUUUGGUAGCCUUCCGCUUGAAGAACCGGAGAAAAUGACUGAUAUUAUUCUUAAAGCUCUGGAAAUAACUGGACAAAGAGGCAUUAUCAACAGAGGCUGGGGUGGCCUUGGUAAUUCGGUAGAACCAAAUGAUUCUGUGUACUUAGUGGACAAUUGCCCCCAUGAUUGGUUAUUCAAACGAUGCUCUGGUGUGGUACAUCAUGGGGGUGCUGGAACAACUGCUGCUGGUCUGAAAGCUGAGUGUCCAACUACAAUUAUACCAUUCUUCGGGGACCAGCCAUUUUGGGGCGAGAGGGUGCAUGCCAGAGGUGUAGGUCCUGCACCCAUCCCAGUUGAGGAAUUCUCGCUUCAAAAAUUGGUUGAUGCCAUACGCUUCAUGCUAGAUCCAAUGGUUAAAGAGCGUGCUGUAGAAAUUGCGAAGGCCAUGGAUAGCGAAGAUGGGGUCAAGGGAGCAGUGAAGGCCUUUCACAGGCAUUUUCCUUUCAAUAAAUCUGAUGACGACGAACCUGAUCAGUCAUUGCCAACUAGAAGAAGGUUAUUAUCUUUCAGAAGAUGUUUUGGCUACUCCCCGGCAUGACUCUCGACAGCAACGUCUUGGCUGCUCAUGAUUCUAUAUACGUUUAGGGUGAUCACUAAUCCAUAUCCUGUAUCGUUAUUUUAAUUUUUUUUAGCUUGUCGAAACUUGAAUUUAUAAAGUUAUAAUUUGAAACAAAUAUGAAAAAAAAAUCGUAAAUUUUAAUUACUGUAAAACUCUUUGAAAAUACAUAAAAUACAAUCAGUUUGGAGGA